AUCGAUGCAACUUAAUAAUUUUGAAAUUAACAACAUUACCCAUACCGAGUAGUAAAAAUUGCAAUGAAAAGCACAGACACUAUCGAAUCAGCAUCGCCAUCACAUUCGCUAUCAACAAAAUUAACAAUUGAUAAAUUAACUAAUCUUUCGAUUGUUCAAUUUCUAUUUUUUUUUUUAAAUAUCGCCUAUUUCGUAAUUUAAGGCAAUAUUAUUCAUUGACAAAUAUUCUUAUCAAAAUUACUACAGCUACUUAAAGUGUAUACAUUGUGAUUUUCAAUUUUUUGAUUUUAUUUAGUUACGAAAGUAGAGAAUAUCAAACAUACAGGGUGUUUGGCUACAGGUGUCAGGAAAUUUAAGAGGUGAUUCUUGAAGCCGAAAUAAGGCGAAAAUCAAGAACAAAACAAUUGCGUUUUCUAAUAAAUUUCUAGCUAUGUGAAGCUGGAAGAUUGUGCAAGUUAGGUUUGCGCUUUUUUAAAACACGUCUGGUGCACAGUCUGUUCGCUUCCUCAAUACCAUAUCCUUGCUUUUAAAAAGAACUUCUCAAAUUUUAUGACUGUGGCUGCAUAAUUCCGAGUUAUACAAAGAAGGUGAAAGCAUUGGCAAAGAGUUCGCAAUGAACUUCCCGUCACUACAUUUCCAUGUUUUAUACAUUUUGAAGCAAGAGAGUAGAACAGUUUUGAAUGAACAGAAUCGUUCCGACAAUCGACGAAAAACUUUCACAGAACUGAGAAUCUUAAGUUGGAGCGUUACUUGGUUGUAUUGCGUGUGCCGUAACGUGUUGAGUAUAUACUGAGCAUGUUGUGUGCGUUGUGAAUGUUGUAUGCAGUGCAGCAGUACUUAUAUUGUAGCCAUAUUUAUUACAAAAUGUAUACAUUUAGAGAACUUUCGGACACGUUCAUUUGUUACGACACGGCGGACGGUAAUAGCGUAAAAGCGCGAUGUUUAUACGCCGAAAAAUAUCGCAAUAGGGCUAUAUCCAGCGCAAAGACAUUUUGCGAUAUAAUUCAACGAUUGCGGUACGUUAAAAUUUCGGAAUACGAUGGUCUUCUUCUCUACGACCUGUACGAGCUUCAAGAACCACUCGUUGAAUUUCCUGACACCUGUAGCCGAACACCCAUGUAUAUAUAAAAAUAUGACGAAGAGAAUAAAUUCGUGUCUAACGAUGUUGUACUU